GCAUAUUUAUUGUACUUUUAAACUGCUACUAAAAUUGUUUUACUACGGCCAUCAAGCACUUGUAAACACAAAAUCAGUGUUACCCCUUAUCAUAUUUCUGGCCUCAGAGGCUCGCGCUAAGUGAGUUUUGAAUUUGGCAACAACGGUUAUGCCUAACUUUCCUGAUCAUGUGUAAACCGUUAUGAGGAUUAUUUUUUGGGGAAAUACAGUGAAAAUUAUUUACAGCUAUUUGAUGUAAACCAAGUCUUAUGGAGUUAAGCAAAGUGUGCGCUUUAUGUGGACUAAAAGACAUGAACACAAGAACCUUAAUGUUAAUAUCGAAAAGCGGAGAAAAAGCAUUUGAAUCUUAAAUAACAGUCUGAAACUGGGCUCUAUUAACGCACAGUCGUUGACUUCCGGGUUUAUCAACCAAGAUGUCUUCCACGGGCCGUAAACUGUAAAUGAUGUCGGGACAUAAUACUAAAAGCAUGAAGUACACACACCGUUGCAUUUCUUUACUUUUAGUAAUAUAUAGCGUAUUUCUGGUGAUGACAGAAAGUUGCCGAAUUUCACACUAUACUGAUGAUUGUGGAAAUAAAGGAUUGCUGUGGAACUGUAGUGGCUUUAACAUCUCCAAAUUACCAACACUGUUACCUCCCGAGUUAAAGAAUCGCAGUAUAACUCUGGAUUUAUCUUUCAAUCAUUUUUCCCUCUUGACAGAAUAUACGUUUCGACAGGUAGCCACCUAUUCCAACGUGACUUCAGUAAUUUUAAACCACAACAAAAUAACAAGGAUCGAAAAUCGGACUUUUCAAAAACUGACCUCCUUGUGCAGUUUGGAUCUCUCGUUUGCAAACCUUGAAAAAAAUCAAAUCGACUCCAAUGUAUUUUAUAAACUUGAUGAAUUACAUGUUCUUCUAAUUCAUCAAAACAAUUUUCAAAGAUUGGGAUACCCUGAUAUACAGCUUUCAAAACUACCUUCAUUGAAACACCUAAAAAUUGAUCUCUUUUUUGGAUUUGCAUUUACAAAACCAUUUGAAAAUCUUACAAGUUUAUCUCAACUAGAAUUCGAAAUUCUCAGCGAUUUUAAGUUAACCAGUACGUCUUUUCAAGGUCUAAAUCGCUCUCCAAUCAACAGUCUAAUUAUGUAUUUUAAAGACCACGUAGAUUGUGACGUUUCAGAAGACCUCUUUUGCUCAUUUCCAUACUUAAAUCAAGAAAUUCAAAUAAAUUUCGGUGGUAGGUGUAGUGUUCAUGUUGCAUUAAGGUCCCUGAAAUGUUUGCAAAAUCGUGAAAUACAACAACUUGAUUUAAGUGGAAACAAGGAAACUUUUGAAUCUGAUAUAAUUAUCAUAGAUGAUACAUUAUUUGAGUACCUUGUCAACAUCUGUGUAAGAGAACUUUAUUUAGGAAACAACGAUAUUAUCUAUCUAAAGGCAGAUAUAUAUAGAACAACAUUAUGGGCUUGCUUAAAUACUAUCAGCCUCAACUAUAAUGACAUACAACAUGUUGAUUUGAAUGCAAUUUUCGCUUUUUUCACUUGUCCAUUACUGCAAAGUAUGGAUGUAUGCUGCAAUACUCAAUCACCCCGUAUUGCGGUAAAUAACUCUACGUAUCUUCUAAAGCAAAUGCAUCCAUUUUUUAAACUUUAUCUACCAAAGAAUCUUAAGGUUUUUAACUAUUCAUAUAAUUUUAUUCACGAUGCCCAUGAAUGGCCCUUGCAAGUAGAAGUUUUUGGAAAAAGCAUGGAAGAGUUGUAUCUCAUAAAAACAAACGUCCCUCUGAUGUUAAAAGGUAUUUUCAAUUUUCCGUCACUGUCUUUCCUCGAUUUAUCGAAAAAUGACUUUGCAAACAUCCACCCUGAUAUAUUUCAAGGCGUAAAAAACCUUCAGCAAUUACAUGCGGUUGAUGUCAACUUAGAUUUUACUAAUAAUUUAAUUUCCGAUAGAUUGUUUAAAAAUCUGAAACACUUGACUAAACUUGAUAUUUCUAAAAACAGGUUAACUUUUCUACCCUCUUUCCUUUUGAAAGACCAGAAGAAUUCUUUAACGGAGAUUAAUCUUGAUCAUAAUAUGUUCUCUGCACUCUCAAAUUCCUUGGUGGAACUACAAAAUUUAAACACACUCUAUGUGCGGUACAACUCGAUAUCAAGGAUAUCUGAGAAAGAUCAGAAAUAUUUUAAAUCAUUUAAAAAUUUCUCAAUUUAUUUAGAGGGCAAUCCGAUUUCCUGCACAUGUUUAAACGGCCAGUCUUUGAGAUGGAUGAAAAACCAUCAAUAUAUCUUUUCAGAUCUUCCUGGGUUACUCUGUAUAGAGAGUAAAACUGCAAUUGUUGAAUUAUUCAGCGAAAAUAUGUGGCGAAAAUUUGAACUAGAUUGUCAGACCACCGAGUGGCUGAUAUUUUCUGUUGGAUUGCUGGUAUUAACAUUGUUAACACUCAUCAUAAUAGCUGUUAUUAAUAAAUACCGUGUUCAUUUGGAGUACGUUGUUCUAAGAAUAAAACAAAGAUGGAAAGGCGUUUAUCUACCAACCCAGGGAGAUGUGUUUCUACAUGAUGUGUACGUUUCUUAUUGUGAUGAAGACCUUUUUUGGAUCACUGAUAGUUUAUAUCCAAGACUUCAAAUCUUAAAUUUAAAAGCGUGGUUUAAAGAAAAAGAUUCCAUUCCAGGAGGUUGGGUAUCGGAAGAAAUUGUCAACUGCAUCAACGAUAGCAGGAAAGUGAUAUUUAUCGUAAGCAAAGGUUUCCUGGACAAAGGAUGGCAGUCAUAUGCUGUUCAAAUGACCAUAACACACGCAUUUCGUAACCAACGUCAAAAAUCGAUUGUGGUUAUAAUUAAAGAUGGACUUCCUCUGGAAAGACUACCGAAGGAAUUCAAACACAUAUGGUGGUGUAUUGAGCAUCUUAGAUGGCCAGAGGAUGAUACAAAUGACGAUAUGAUACUUUCGAAGUUAUCUAAUGUUUUGAAAACUGAAUAAACAUUGUACUUGACUUUUGGAGAAAUUCGUAUUUUGGAUACUUGUAGUUAUCUAUUCUUCAUUUUAAAAAUUUCGGCUUAAAAUUAGUUCAUGAAGCAUCUAAUGAACAUAUACAAAGAUAAAAACAUAGAGUAUUUCUGGAAA